AUGCAAGGAUCAAGAAGAUCCACAUAUCAGCCGUUUGCGGAGACAUUGAGAAGAUGCGGGUACAUCGUUCGCGUUGACGGCUUCGUCGUGGGCGCCUGGCACUCUCGCAACAACAGUCUCACUUCUUUGCUGCGAUACGCGACUUUGAUGAAUCGACGCAUGUUCUCGAAGACCAUCGCGUGGCCCCGGGACGCACAUGUCAAGCACAUCUCGGGCAUCCGACAGUACCGCGUGAUGGGAUGGACAGCGCAGGAUGAGGCGUCCCCAGCGAUUACGCAAACGCAUGCUUCCGUGCACGAAAAUCAGCCCGCGAUCGACGCGAACAAUUUAAACACGGUGAAGCUCGAGAUCGGCGACGAGCAGGUAGCCUCUCCGGAGGCUGUCCCCUUGGCUGACGACUACCGGACCUCCAACCACGGAUCUGAGGUUCCUGGAGAGGAACCCGGAGGAGAAAGCUCUCAAAGUCCAGGAACUCCAACAGGGAUCGAGCUGCUUCCCUCUCACCAUGGCACACGUGCACAGAAUGGUUUUUCCGUUGCUUGCGUUCUAUAUUUGCGCGUGCUACCAGACAUUACACGAGUGGAAUCAGUAAUACACGACGGCCGCGAGUGUGAUGAGUGCAGCCACCAACAGCACCAGAACGCGCUCGAAGACCCCGAGGAUUAA